GAAUAUCAGAAUACAUCCCCUCGAAGUACAUUUUCAUGAAAGAUAAGUCCUGUGGUCUAUACCGCCUUGCAGGCGCUGAAGGGAGGAAGCCAGCAGGAAGCAGACGGCGAGGGCACCCUACUUGAAUGUUUGGAGCCGGCAGCGGUUGAGUUGACCAGUUUCUAUUAUCGGUCCAAGUGAUGCCGACGGGAUGAACACAAAUGAAUCGAAUCAGUGUUAACAAUAAUGCCUCCCAAAAUGCCAAGUGCUACAUGUCAGGACGGAGAGGUACGUGAACUUGAGAGAGCAUUUGUGUCUACCCCUAUCGGCGACAUGGUUAUCGUCGCCUGUCCCAUCGGAUUACACAAGAUUUAUCAACAGGACAACAUUAAUGAUGGGAAUUUUCAUCCAGACCUCAGUACGCAGGUGGAGCUAGUUGGUCAGCCUUGUCUUAGUACAGAAGCGAAAGUGUUUGUGGAUAAAUGUGUGUGCUGGCUUCAAGCAUAUUUUAACAAAAACCCGUGUAAAGUUUCAAAACUUUGUAUUCCAGACCUUUGCUCCAUAAAACCUGAAAGUACUUUGUUUCGCGACAGAGUUUUAGUUACUUUGGCAAAAUCUGUCCCUGUAGGGAAAACCGUUACAUAUGGGGAGCUUGCCUCAAUGGCUGGUAGUCCUGGUGCUCAGCAAGCUGUUGGAUCUGUUAUGGCGGCCAAUCCUUUUCAGUUACUUGUUCCAUGCCACAGAGUGAUAAAAAGUGGACAGAUAGUUGGCAAGUAUUCAGGUGGAUGCAGGAACUCUGUAAAAGUUUGGUUGCUGGAAUUUGAGGGAAUGAAAGUAGAGAAGAAUGGUCGUGUUUUAACGUUAACCAAUUAUUAAUUCUGUGUAACAAAUGGAAAUGUAGAGAAAAUUAUUCAAAGUAAUGUAACUUUGUUAUGAAUGUCUAACAUUUGCCUGUAAAGAGAGUUGUAAAGAGUUAAAACAUUUCGUGUCCUCACUGCA